AGCACGAGACAAGGUGCUCCACACAGGUUGCACAACUGUUUUGUAAGAGCUAUAGACUCUGGAUUAAAGAAAAGAGAAAAUAUGUUUUAACACACUUCAAAAUUAUUAAGCAAUGCAGGAUAUAUGAAGGAUAACCGAAUAUGAGAGACCAUGGAGGAAUCAACAGCAAAGAGUGAUGUGAGGGAUGGUCAUCAGAAUAACAUCCCAUUGCUGCAGUCCAUGCUUCUGAAACUUAGUCCAAAAAAUCAUGUUGACCAUCCAAAUAGAAGGACUUCAGAUGCAUAUCCGGAUACAACCUCUCAAAGUGUGUUUUACCUAUCUCUGGAAUCUGAAGAACGUAUAACAAAUGAAGACAGGAAUGAUUUGGAUACCACAGUCAGAUCAGAUGGUGAUGAGAAACAACCAACAAGUAGUUCUAAAACAGAAGAUGGAAAUGGACGGGUUGAAGAGUUCAGAGGGCCUCCAGAUGAGUUUCAUGAAUUUGAGAGAAAGAAUUUUCCUCCUUUAUCCAUGCAAACACAGGCAGCAGAAUCAAGUCAGGGGCCAAAAGAAGGUGAAUUGUUGGAGGACAACAUCAAAAAGAAAGAACCAAGCGUGGAGGAGGACAUGGCUGGAGCUGAAUCACUCCUUAACAAUCCGUCUCAACAAUCAUCUGCAUACAUGUCUCUCUUCUCGAUGUCCUCAGAGAGAUGUGACACUGCACAAACGGAGUUUAAGCAUGAACAACUAGAUGAGGCUUGUGGUGGUCCCUCAAAAGCAGUUGGUUUGGACACAAGCAGUGUUCUAACCUAUCAAACUGCUGUGAACGUUACAAGCAGGACAACAAGAUCCGCUUCAGAUCCAGUAACCCAGAAGCGUAGGGAGGAGAGAACCCUCUCAGCUCCAAGUAUGUCAAACCUCCAGGAAUAUGAAAACAUGACAGAUACAAUGAAAAGGUUCAGCAAAGCUGCUACGAUUUUGGAACAGGACAACUCACUUGUCAAAAUGCAAAAGAAGGGAGUGAAAAACAAGAUGAAGAAUCUUACUCAUAAAUUGAUGGACAUGUUGAAAGAAAAACACGAUAGUGAGCACGCCGACAACAAGAGCAUUCAAGACAGCGGGGAAGAGGAGGCACAAUGUCUAAAUUCCAUGGAGGUUGAUGUUCCACCACCACUUCCACCAAAAAAUGGGAAAUAUGUUUUCUUAAACAGAACAUUUACCUUAAAGGACUUCAAACUCAAUCUUGAACCGAUCAACUUAAUGGAUGAGAUAUUCACAGGAGAAGAAUGGCUCAGUUACCUGCCCAGCAAAUCCAGUCCAGCAGAGAAAGACACUAGUGAUCAACCAAUGACCAAUGAUGUUCUCCAAACAGAAAAAGAGACCCAACUCAAUAUUCCACAGCAGGACCAAUCAGAGGACAUAAAGAACAGUCAGGAUGAUGUUAGUGAUGUUCAACUGGACAAUGUUGCAAAAGUAAACAGUGACUUGCAUUUAAGGCAGGAUGCAAAUACUUUUGCUAUUCCUAAGGCACUGCUAACAACUAAUGCAAUAAAACUAAUGGCACCUGGGAUAGACUGCAAGUCAAAGAAAUCAGAUGAUAUCUAUGACUGUUUGCACAUGUAUAUUAUACCCAAAAAUGAUGUACCAUUAAUGAAUAGAAGAUGCUCAUCGGAUGCUCCGCCGAUGGACUUUUCAGCAGUCAAGUCAUUUGAAUUGCUGGACAACUCUGCUCUCAAAAGUCGAAUUCGUCUCAGCAAAAAGAGACCCCACAAACCACCCAUAAAAGUAAAAAAAGAAAAGUCAAACGCCAAAUUCUACGAGAUUCCUGAAAACAUCCUGAGUGAAUCGCCUGUCCGUGCAUCUUUACCAUUUAACAGCAUCCCCUUUUCCAAGUCUCCUCCUCAUCAUUCACCACUAUUUCCAGAUCACACCUGACCAGUCACUCCAUGACUGCUCUAUCAUCUGCAGUUGUUAGCAGAUUAAAGGAUACAAGUGACUGUAAAGACUGGAAAAUUCAAAACUGAGGUCAAAGGAUGUUUAUUGUUGGAAAAAAGUGUUUUUUGCUGAAAAACAACUGAAAUGACAAUGAGCUUGGAUUACACUAAUUUAAGAUGUUACAGUGGAUAAUGGUGAUCGCGUCCUAUACUAUUUGCUAGGACCUUUUUUAUGCACCCUAACAAUUCUUUUCAUAACAAAUGUCAUAAAUAUGAUGAUUUAUCAUGUUAGGCAAAAUGGAAUUUUGUGUUAUUGAAGUUAAUAAUACACCUGUUCAUUCAUAACUACUGAUGAACUGUAAAUAGUAAAUAGGCUUUUUCCAUAUUAUAAUGUGAUUUAUUAUGUGAAAUAUCAUGUCAUUUUAGAUUUUGUGUGUGUGUCCUUUGCUUGCUUUUCGAUUUUGCUCAGGAACUGUAAAUCAACAAGCUAUUAAUUGUUAAUUAAUUGUUUUUUCCCAUCCAUCCCUUUCCCUUUUAUUCUACUUCCUGAAUUCAGUUUUAUGCUUUAUGUAAGAAUUUUGUGAGAAACCUAUAUAAUGAAAUUCUGCAGUAUUUAAAACCUGGCUAAAAGUGAUGACUUUGAAGUAUUCAAAUUUGUGGUUCUUAAUCAGACAAACACUAAAUAAAUAAAAUCAAGUGCU